GCGCCCCGCCGGCAUUGCAGCCGCGGCCAUGGCGGCCCCCGUGUGAGCCCUUCAGCCGAUCGCCGCUGCCGUGAGUGGUGCGGGGCAGCCGGGCCCGGGUACAAAGAGAAGUGACCAAGUUGUCUUGAGCAUGUUUAAUAUCCUGACACUGCGAAGAAAUUGCUGUGUUUCUCUGAAGACUGAAACUCUCCAAUUUCAGACUAGCUUUAUCACUAAACCAGACAACAUUACCCCUGUCUCUUCAUAUUGGUGGAGUCUGGAUAAGAGCUGUCAGGAGGCCUUUUUAGCUGGUUUGAGGCUACCAAGUGAUACUGAUCUUGCACCACCGUUUUGGAGGAGUGGCACCAAAAAGCCUGUCGUUAUGCUGAGUGCUUUACAGGACUUCCUCAGCUGCCCAAAAAUCAAGCCAUAGAUACUGAGCUUCAUUCUGAACACGGGAAGAAAAAUGCCAGCUUCUCUAAGAAAACUGCAGCAAAUGGCUGUUUUCAUGGGGCUGUUCAGCGGCGGGGGAUGCAUCGUGAUGUAUAAUCUUAUGCAAAAAGGUUUUGCCAGGACCCAGUAUUACCAGCAGGCUUUGGAGCAACUGAACAGCAAUCCUGAUGCCCUGGAAGCCCUGGGUGCCCCUCCUCUCAAGGUUCACAACAUCCGACUGACAGAUGGGAGUAACCGUGUGGACACAGAAAGAGCACAGAUAAAAUUACCGGUAUCUGGAACAAAAUCAGCGGGGUACCUCUACAUUAACUCAGAGAUGGACCAUUCCCGCCAAUGCUGGUGCCUUCAGGAUGUCACCUUGAAACUGCGGGAUGGGCAGAAUAUUUCCGUUUACCACUCCCCGGUGGAGAGCAUCAGUGUGCAAGAAGGCUAAAAAUCAAAGGCAGCUGCUUCCCCACCUCCCACUGAGCUGAAGGAGCCAUUAAUCGAUUGCAUCCCACUGUGCCCCUGAAUGUACGCAGUUGUAACAAGUGACAAUUUCACUUAAGUGGGUGCUCUCGAGACCAUUUUCUCUCUAAGAUUGACCUCAUCAUCGUCAUAAUUGUAAUUUCUUCCUUUUGCUGGUUUACUCGGGUUCAGCAGAGCCUAAAAUAAAGAUCUUGCAAAAGACUUGCUUUUCCAAAAAA